GAACGCGAUAAGGCGUUAAACCGCUGUUGCUGUUCAAGUUAUUCAAACAUUGGCUUCUCUGUCAGUUUCUCUUCCUCAUCAACUGAAGUGGUUCGGUUAGUAAACUGUGAAUUAAAGUCUUAUUGUCUUUAAGCGUAAAAUCUGCUCGAUGGGACCCGAAGAGAGGGAUUGGGUGGACGUGGCAAACAAUGUUUUGUUGAAAUGUCACAUUAACCUGAGGCUGGAAAGGAUGUCGGAGUGUGAUGCAAAUGUGUUUGUGGCUUUGUAUGAGGCGAUCUUGGGAGAGAAAGUACCAGAUUAUGUAGCUGCUGAGCGUCAGGAAGAUGACAUCCACAAUGUGCAAUCUGUAAUUGACUCAUUGGCCUUAGACUACCUUCACAUUAGUUUAUCUCACAUCACAGGUGAGAAUAUAGUCAGAGGAGAAAAAGAAUCUAUCAGAAACCUGUUGGAGAUUUUUGAUGGUCUGCUGGACUACCUCGUAGAGCGGCAGAGUGACGAAGAGCCACAACAUAAAGGGUUCAAUGGAAAGACCAGUGCUGCCAAUGCAGCAUAUCAGCCUCAAAAGCAAGACACAGACAAGACGCAGUGUCAGCCCUUAACCAUUCAGCUCAGCGAUAGAGAGAGUUCUUUGUCUUGGCGUAACCAGAGGAAUAGGGAGGCAGAGCAAGAACUACGUGAUAUGUCAGAGAAACUAUCUCGUCGUCUGGAGGAACUUGAUCUGAUGUUGAAGCGUGCUCUAAGUGAAACUGGGGAGAUUUGUGAACUAGGAGAGGAAGAUAAACAGUGUCAUCAUAGCGACCGGAUCAUGGAGUGUGUCAUAAGUUCAUGUCAUUCCAGAGCUCAUGCACACUCAUUGCCCCCCUUCCUUUCACCUGCACAGCACUCUAUUCAGCAAGAUGCUCUGAUCAAAGACUCAUACAAUGCCAGUCACAGCCAGCUACAGCACAGAAGCAGCCAGCAGUUAGUUCAGCAGGAGCAAGCAGAUAUGACCACUGAGAGACUCAAUGCUCAGAAAACGGUGCUUGAAUAUCACCAGGCUGUGUGUAGAGAAGCUCCUUCUGUUCACAGAUCCUGCACCAAAUCACCUUGUUCUCGAUCCUCUGGAGCUAAACUCCAACAGACAGCCAGAAGAGAGACACAUUCCUUGAGUGUGAAGGACAACAAUCUUCUUCCCAUUCUGCUGGAGGAGUUUCCACAGGUGCAGCUCUCUCCUCAUACUGUGUCCCACAUGUGGAAACAGCAGCUCCUACAGACUGACCAGCUCAGCUCCUCCCAAAACCAAAACAGACAGACCCAGUCUAAACUUUUAAAACAACUAGAUGAAGCUCAUAAAAGACAUGACAUGUUGGUGCAGAUAAUCCACAAAGAAAAAGAACACAACCGUCGCCUGAGAGAAUUCAGGGAGAGGAUCCAACAGCAGAAGUCAGCUCAGAAUAAACUUAGAGAACAGAGGCAACAUGUUGCUCGUGCUAAAAAAUAUUACAGCGUCUAUCAUGCUCAGCUACGUGUCAAACUGAUGCAAGCAAAGACACAAGAAGAGCAAAAGCUCAAGCAGAUUUUUGAAGAAGGAUUGGAACUUCAGAAGGCUCAUCUGAGAGAGCAGCGUGCACAUACUAAAGAACUGCGUCAGGAGAAUUACCGCAAAUACAAAGAUGAGAUUGAGGCCAUGGAGAACUACUACAGAGACCAGUUUUCUUUAUUGGCCGAAACCUUAGCCCAUGAAAGGCAGGACAUACAAAUUCAUAAGAAAGCACAGGAAAAGGCUCUGCAGAAUAUGAAAAGAGAGUUAAGAAAUAAGAUGGAGAAAGAGAUUGGCGAGCUGCAGAAGGUCAUCAUUCAGAAUGACGAAAAUAAUUAUUUCAGAGACUUGGAUGUGGAACGCUUACAGAAGCGUGUACAGAUGGCAUCUUUCCAGUACCCCACCAGCUGUCUGCAGUAAUCACUAGCCAAUUAAGCUGUGAUUGAUACUGAUCUAUAAUACUUCUUUUACAUACAUUAAUCUUUAGGUAGAUUACCUUGAAAAUAAAUAGAUGAAAUUUAAUGUGUGAACAGCUUGAGAUAUACUUGCAUAGUUCUUGUGAAACAUUAACAUUACUGUAAUAUUGUGUGUGUGUGUGUGUGUGUGUGUUUAAACAACACUUAAUGUUGCAACCGAAAUGCUGCCAUCAAAUCAAUAGUAGACUGUUUAAAAGCAAUUGUUCCCAGAAGUUGAUCUUGUAUCAUGUUUCACCAGUUUAUGGUGGAAAGUUUCUGGACUUCAGUUUGUUCUAUAGGACAGCAUGUACAAUUACGUUUCCCUUUGAUGAACUUUUAAAUGAGACUUCCAUUCUCCUUGAUCUUAUUUCUGUAAUGAUUUCCCACAACAACAACUAACAUCACUAAUCAUGAUUGUAUUUUGGUUUUGAAACACUGGAUGGUUCUAUGUUAAAUGUCAUAACACUUAAAUUCAUGCCAUGACUGUUUAUUAAAUUUCUCAUUUUAUGAAUUAGGUGUUUUUAUAAACAAAAUUAAUUUACAUAUAUACACAUAUAUAAUAUACACACAUCUUUGAUUUAAGGGAAAAUAUUAGCCCAAAAGGAGAUAUUUAUAAUUAUUUAUGUUAAAUAAAAAGUAUUUGAUGAAUAAGGUAUGAUUUGGGCAUUCUUGACAGAAUUUAUAUUAGACAUCACGCCAACAUUUGUCCAGAAAUUGUUUAGUGUGACUGUCUGUAGAUCAGGGGUCUCCAACCCUGCUCCUGGAAAGCUAACGCAGGGCUCCAAAUUGCGACUAAAUAUUUGCCCAUUUUGCAUUUGCGACCAAAAAUAUUAAUUUGCGAGUGAAGUUUUUGCUGAGGUCGCCAAAUGGCGACUAUGUUAUGACUUGAUUUUUUUUCCUGAUUGUUUUGCGAUCACAUUUUUAUGUCCACGUAUUAAACUGAGACGAUGCGCAUCAAAGUUUUAAUGGAAAAAAGGAGUUUCAAACAGUCCUCAUCUCUACCAAAAUGCUUGCUAAACGCAGCUCAGUCAUGCAGCGCGAGAGAUCAAAAUGACGGAGACGUGCAAAGUUAAAGUGCAGAAAAGCAGUGUCUAUUUCAUGCACAACUUGAACAAACUUCAACAGGUAAAGCUGUCAGCUGUGUGGAUAUUGGCAAUAUCGUUAACAAUUCUCGUUUAUAAUCAUUACUAAUAUGCAGGGGCAUAGGCGUAAAUCCGGGGGGUACGGGGGGGACAGGACCCCCCCUAUCUGAGGCUUGUCCCCCCUAAAAAUAUCUUUACAAGCGACUCUGUGUAUUGAAAAUAAUAUAAUGGACAUAUACUUAAAAUAAUUGUGUGAUUAGUAAAACAAAAUAAACGCAAAAAAAACGUUUUAAGUUCAGAAAUGUUUAGAUUCCCCCCCUCCCUUUCCUCACAGUGGUUUGGUCCACUGCCUGCUUUCCUUCUUUACAGAUGCACACACGAGUCCGGUGAGAGAGAGCAAGUUGGUUAUGUGUAAGUAGGCUGUCAAGGCUAUUUUAUUCUCUUUAAACAUCGGGUGAAAUGAUUAUUUCUCUUUAAUACAGAUGAUCAUUAAUAAAUUAGUCAUGACAAAAAAAAAAUGACAUCUGAUGUAUUUUCUAUGACCGAUUAUAAGGUUAACAAGCUUAAUACUGUAGCUUGUCACCCACUACAACUAACACGGCGAUAAGCCUGUGUGUGAACUGAUAGUAGGCUAAUAUUGUAGACCUACGUGUUGGGUUUCGUUCAAUAUGAUGUCAAGUGGCAGAUCAGUGGGUUUAAUGCGGUUGAAUUAAUGCGAAAGAGACAUACUAGGUUUCAGACGAAAAUAAUAAUUAUAAGCCGCUUUUCCACUAUCGGGCGAGCGGUCAG